CUGGAGGCCUGAGUGCUGUGCUCUGGGGUGCCGGCUCGCCUCCGCCUUCCUCCUCGCGGCAGCCUCGGUGCCCUGCGCCGCCGUCCCACCGGGGGCUCCACCGCCCUCUCCUCGGCCUCACCACCCCGCCGGCCGGGCGCUCGGCGGCUCCUCCGUGAGCCCGCCGGGAACUCGCACCCCUCGCGCUCCCCUGGCUCCCGAGGGGGCCGCCUCGGGCCAUGGUGCCCUUCCCCGAGGAGCCCGCCGCCGCGCGGGGGACGAGCGAGGCGCAGCCGCCGGGCCCCGCGCCCACCGGGGCAGCUCCGCUGCCGGGCCCGGGACCCUCGGACGGCCCCGAGGCGGUCGUCGAGAAGGUGGAGGUAGAGUUGGCGGGACCGGCGGGCGCUGAGCCCCCUCAGCCUCCCGAGGGCGGCUGGGGCUGGCUGGUGAUGCUGGCGGCCAUGUGGUGCAACGGGUCGGUGUUCGGCAUCCAGAACGCCUGCGGGGUGCUCUUCGUGUCCAUGCUGAAGACCUUUGGGUCCACGGACGAUGACAAGAUGGUCUUCAAGACAGCGUGGGUAAGUUCUCUGUCCAUGGGGAUGAUUUUCUUUUGCUGCCCAAUAGCCAGCGUCUUCACAGACAUGUUUGGUUGUCAGAAGACAGCUGUCGUGGGUGCUGCUGUUGGAUUCAUUGGACUCCUGUCCAGUUCUUUUGUAAGCUCCAUCGAGCCUCUGUACCUUACCUAUGGAAUCAUAUUUGCUUGUGGCUGCUCCUUUGCAUACCAGCCUUCGCUGGUCAUUUUGGGACACUAUUUCAAGAAGCGCCUUGGACUGGUGAAUGGCAUUGUCACCGCGGGCAGCAGCAUCUUCACAAUUUUGCUGCCUUUCCUUUUAAGGGUUCUGACCGACACCGUGGGCCUCUUUCACACACUGAGGGUCCUCUGCAUCUUCAUGUUUGUUCUCUUUCUGGCUAGCUUUACGUACCGACCUCUUGCUCCAAGUGCCAAAGAUAAAGAGGGUGGAACCAAAGGAGGCAACAACAGAUUCUCCCUCUUUUCCAGGAGGAAGUUUAGUCCUCCAAAAAAAUUUUUCAAUUUUGCCCUCUUCAAGGUGACCGCUUAUGCGGUUUGGGCAGUUGGAAUACCGCUUGCACUUUUCGGAUACUUUGUGCCUUAUGUUCACUUGAUGAAAUAUGUGAAUGAAAGAUUUCAAGAUGGAAAAAAUAAAGAGGUGGUUCUCAUGUGCAUUGGCAUCACUUCAGGAGUCGGACGGCUGCUCUUUGGCCGGAUCGCAGAUUAUAUGCCUGGUGUGAAGAAGGUUUAUCUUCAGGUACUCUCCUUUUUCUUCAUUGGUCUGAUGUCCAUGAUGAUUCCUCUGUGUGGUGUCUUUGGGGCCCUCAUUGCUGUCUGUCUCAUCAUGGGUCUCUUCGAUGGAUGCUUCAUUUCCAUUAUGGCUCCCAUUGCCUUUGAGUUAGUUGGUGCCCAGGAUGUUUCUCAAGCAAUUGGAUUUCUACUUGGAUUCAUGUCUAUACCCAUGACUGUGGGCCCACCUAUUGCAGGGUUACUUCGUGACAAGCUGGGCUCCUACGAUGUGGCAUUCUACCUCGCUGGAAUUCCUCCCCUUAUUGGAGGUGCUGUCCUUUGUUUUAUCCCAUGGAUCCACAGUAAGAAGCAAAGAGAGAUUGGUAAAACCACUGGAGGAGAAAAGAUGGAGAAAAUGUUGGAGAACCAGAACUCUCUGCUGUCAAGCUCACCUGGAAUCUUUAAGAAAGAAUCUGACUCUGUUAUUUAAUGUCUUAUAUACCUCCACCAGACUGGACUUGCUUUCGGAAGUUUAAGCAAGUUUCCCUUUUAUAUGAAUUGCAAAUUUCCUAUUUUUUUAAUUACAUCUUAAGAAUAGCACAAUAAUUGGGAAAUAGAACCCUUAUUACUACAAGAACCAUUUCUGCCACAGAAUAGCUAGCUGUUUGAUAUUUCCAUGAGUUUGGGGGCAGAGACUAUGGUAUAUGAAAACAUGUCUGGAAGUCAAAUAUUAAGAGAAUUGAAGCUAUUCCAAAGCAACUUUGGAAACUGUGAAUGCUAAUAAGCUUAUACAAAUAUUUAAAAAUACCUCGGGGCGCCUGGGUGGCUCAGUUGGUUGAGCGUCCGACUUCGUUCGGCUCAGGUCGUGUUCUUGCUG